UGUCUGCAUCUGUGUGCUAGCAAUCGUGACCGUGGGGGAAAUGGGAGAGAGGGAGCGUUGAUUCUUCAUCCGUUGACGUCGACGUCCCAUCCCCCGCCUCUCUCUCUCUGUCUCUCUCUCUUAUAUGUAUAUAUAGCAAGCCUUCCAUAAGACAGUGGUUGUGGAGAGAGAGAAAGUGGAAGGAGAGAGACGAGGGCAGAGGAGUGUAGACUUUACCGAGAUCAUCGCUCCGCUCCAGACAAUUAACGUGGUCGUAUCGAAGUAUUGCUAGAAACGAAGAAGGGAAAAGGAGAAGGAGAAGGAGAAGAAGAGGAGGAGAAGAGAGAAACAAGAGACGUCAACGGAAAACCACCUGAAGCCAUGGCGGCGUAUGCUGACAACGUGCCAGCUGGCAUCGCUGAGGGGGAGGUGAGAGAGAGGGAACUGGAAGGAGGGCCAUCGGUGGGUGUGGAGAGGAGGAGGAUCCCCUCUAGUCGAUCAGGGUGGGCAGGUGCAGAUGUUGGGAGCAGGAGGGGGCUGUAUAAGGUGGAAAGAGGGGAGCGCAAACGUGCGGGCAUGUUUAUCUGUAUUGAGCUCUUCUUCCGCUUCAUGCAGAUGGCCUCCGCUGCCAUUGCCAUCGCUGCCCUCGUCACUGCUGGUCAGGCCGGCUUCCAUUUCCAGAACUAUCAAGCCUUCUGCUACCUGCUGGCAGCGGCUACUGCAGCCGGGGCCUGGGCCACGGGGGGGUUCUUGAUUGAUCUGGGGAAGCUGUUGCCGGACUGGGCGGCUUUGCACAUUGGCUUUCUGCUCGACUUG